AUGAAGGUUCAGCUAGAAAGCAUUGAAGAGUUCGAAGGCAUCUUCUCUGAGAUUCUAGGAGAAGAAACCUCUAAAUAUUCACAAAAUGAGCUCAAUGUACUGUUAAAUAUAAAGAAUCUAUUCCUAAAGAAUGUAGAAAUACAAGGAGAGCAGAUGAACAUAGGAGAAAUAACCCAAGAAAGACUUGAAAGAAAGAAAGAGCAUGCUAAAUUAAUAUUAGAAGUGGAAGAGGCAGAAAAAAGUAAAACAAACAGUCUAAAGUCUUUGUGUGAGCUAAGAAGAGAACUGCCGCACACGCUAAAGGAAGAAAUAGAGCAUAACUAUAAGGAAAUAAUGGAAAAAUUGUCUGAGAAGGCACCCUUCCAGAGCGCAGACUACACUCCAGAAAACGAAGAAGAGAUAGAUAGAAUAAAGCACACUGUAUAUGAAAUAACAGAGAAGUUGCCAAGUAUUAUAACACAAAUUAAAGAAAAGAUGUCUUAUGUUGAAAGGGAAGUAAAAGAAAGAAUAGAGCAGCAGGGAAGAGAAAUAGAAACCGAGACACUUUCUUUACUAUUUAAAGACGACUUAGAGAUAAAAUAAAAAAAAGUAAUAAUAAAAUCUUCUGGGGUAAAUUUUAUAACCCGAAAUUCUAGCAUGUGUAUAACCCGA